AUGAGAGGGUCGCCACUGGUGAAUUUGGUGAGCUGUCACAAGUAUCACCACCACUACUUGCUCGCUGACUGGGAAGAAAUGAGACUGAAGUCAAAAAGCUUACCUGGCCACCAGAUCUCCCCCCUCUCGCUAAAUCUAAAUUUUUCUUUGAAUAUUAACAGAUCCUCACAACCCUUAAUCAAAGAGAUUAUAUUAGUUGAUGAUGCUUCCGAACGAGACUUUUUGGGCAAGAAACUAGAAGAAUAUGCCGCCCGUCUUCCAACUUCGGUUAGAGUUUUUAGAGCGGGGAAACGUUCUGAGUUGAUCCGUGCAAGACUUCUCGGUGCCAAAAAUGCAAAAGGUAAAGUAUUGACUUCCCUGGAUGCACAUUGCGAGUGCACCGAAGGAUGGUUGGAACCCUUGUUACACGAGAUAGCCAUUGACAAAAAAUCAGUGGUUUGUCCAAUAAUUGACGUCAUUUCUGAUAAUAACUUUGAAUAUGUGACCGCUUCAGAUAUGACGUGGGGGGGAUUUAACACAGUAAGCUUAACAAAUGUUUUAUUUUUUAUUGUUUCUUAA